CUAGGUCAAAUCGAAGCCCUAGAUAUCGUAUUGGGAUUAGGGCAUAUAAGUUCCUGCUGAUCCUCUACACAGCCAUUUUCACGGGCACAAGCAGCAAACUCAGAGAGAUCUCUCCGUCACUAGAACAGAAAUGCCGUCUCACAAGACAUUCAUGAUAAAGAAGAAGCUGGCGAAGAAGCAGAGGCAGAACAGGCCCAUUCCGUACUGGAUUCGGUUGCGCACUGACAAUACCAUCCGCUACAAUGCCAAGCGCCGCCAUUGGCGCCGAACCAAGCUCGGCUUCUAAGCGGAGCCCCUAUUUGUUAGCGCUCUUUCCAAUCCGAUUUGGUUUCCCAUUAGGGUUUAAUGUUUUGGAAUUAAAUCAUCGGUACUGAGAUUGCGAUGUAGUUUUGAUGGAUUUUUAUUACCUCUAUGUCUCGGAUUAAAUAGAUGUUUAAUUUUCAUAACUUUGUUGUAUGAAUUUUGUUCUUUUUUCCUAUAUAUAAAUGCUUUAGUUCUCGGCUGA